AUGAAGCAAGAGGCAGGAGCCCUUCCCAUCGCGCAUGCCUCUGUUACGGAUGGCACACUGAACAAAGACGCGCUAGAAUUUGGAAUUGGAGCCGAUCUACUUGGUGAGAUCAUAAUUCGUCAAUCGGGCCAAGAAAAACGUUAG